GACUAUUGUGUCCAUUUCGCUGAGCUGACUGUAUGUAUUAACCAGAAGUAUCAGAUUCAAUCAGCCAGUUUUUAUAUCAACCAAAAUGAUGAUAAAGCUAUCUGUUGUUCUCCUGAUAUUCACGUCAACCACAACAGCUGCUGUCUGGCCUGAAGGGCAAUAUUGUUUACCUAUGCCACUAAAUGAACAAUGCCCGCUCGGUUGGGAACGAGGUUAUCGUGUUCAUUCUACUGAAGGCAACGACACAAUACGAGGAGAAGUACCGUACGUAAAGAGACACGCUCACAGAAGCCUUGAGUGGGGAUUUUGUUGUAAAACCAGAGUAAGUUAUUAUCGAUCAAAUCUUAAGUGGCCGCAGGGAAGAUAUUGCGUUUUUCGCAAAGGAGGAUUUUGUCCGCAGGAAUUCAUAGAAGGCAGUAUACACUGGGAUGACAGGGACGCUCAAAACACAAAUCGGUUCGUGGGGACAUUACCAGACGGCGUCUACAACCAGAACACGCAAAUCUAUUUCUGUUGUCGCAUCGAUGGAUCGCGCAUGCUCACUGGCCUACCGCAAUGCUACAGCAUGAUUUUAAUGCGAUUCGGCACGUGCCCAACGGUCGAUGGAUAUCUGGGGCCACAUAAGGGAUAUAUUGACUGGAAUACCGAGGAUUUGUUCAAUAAUGAUCAAAGUUCUCAGGGAUAUCCAGACGGAUUCUCGCGAUUCAAAAGCGGAAUAAAAAUCGAGUUUUGUUCCUACACCUCUUCAUAUUCGUGCUAGACACUUGAAUAUCUUCCCGCUAAGCAUAUUAAAGAUUUAUAGAAAAUAAAACGACGUCUGUGGCAGGUUUGUGUGAAGAAAGAGAAGGACAGAAAAACAGUCCUCAAUCAUCAGACAACUUGAAAUCAAAGAUUAAUAGCUUUAGUCAAUAUUUAUCAAUCGUCAACAGACAUUUCGUAAGCUGCUUAUCAACCAGAAUUCUUAUUACAAGCAUUUUUUUUUCAACAUA